AUGCGUCUCGUCAGUCCUGAAAAAUUAAACGAAAUUCAAAGUAACCCAGCUAAUAUUCGAAACAUUUGUAUAUUAGCUCACGUCGACCAUGGGAAAACUACUUUGGCUGAUUCUUUCGUUGCUAGCAAUGGAAUCAUCUCUGGUAAACUUGCCGGUAAACUACGAUACUUGGAUAGUCGUCCAGACGAGCAACUUAGAGGAAUUACCAUGAAAUCCAGCUUGAUUACUCUCUAUCACAAGUACAACCGUCAAGAGUUUGCUAUUAAUGUAAUAGAUUCUCCAGGCCAUGUAGAUUUCGCUUCGGAAGUUUCAACUGCUGUUAGACUUUGCGACGGGGCCAUUAUCGUGAUAGAUGUGGUAGAAGGUGUAUGUCCACAAACACGUAGCGCUUUGUCCAUCUCUUACAUGGAAGGAUUAAAACCAAUCUUGGUAUUGAAUAAAAUUGACAGAUUAAUCACAGAAAUGAAAUUGUCUCCGUUGGAUGCUUACGUGCAUUUGACUCAAGUUUUGGAGCAGGUCAAUGCUGUAAUGGGAGAGUUAUUCGCCAGUGACAUAAUGGAACGUGAAGAAAAGGAAGAACUGAAAAAGGAAAGUAGCGAAAGUGUAUCCGAAAGGAAUCUAACAGACUGGCAGUCUGCGUUGGAAGAGAUGGACGAUUCUAAUUUAUACUUUUCUCCGGACCAAGGUAACGUUUUAUUUUCCAGUGCAACCGAUGGUUGGGGAUUUGGCGUGAAAGAAUUUGCCAAGAUAUUUUCCAUCAAAUUAGGCUUCAACGAAAAAAUUUUGUCGAAAACGCUUUGGGGAGACUAUUACGUGAACAGCAAGAAAAAAAGGAUAAUGAAGGGAGCUCAGGAGAAAGCAAAGAAGCCCUUAUUCGUUCAACUUAUUUUGGACAAUCUUUGGACUUUGUACGAAACGAUAACUGCACGGAAGGACAAAGAAAAAGUGGCCACGAUGGCUGAGAAACUAGACAUUAAGUUAACAACGAGAGAUUUGAGGCAUACGGAUUGUAAGGCUCAAUUACAAGCUGUUUGCUCUCAGUGGCUACCAUUGGCUUGCGCAUGUCUCGACGCCAUAUGCGAAAACGUUCCUGCACCGCAUCAUUUAACUUCGGAAAAGGUAGAACGUUUGUUAAGUGGCAAUUAUGAUUUCUCCACGUUGCCAGAGGAAACGCAACAAUUGAAAGACACAUUUUUAGCUUGCGAUCCAUCCCCAGAUUCCCCUGUCGUUGUCUUCAUUUCAAAGAUGUUCCCAGUGGAAAAGAAAAUGUUACCUGAGAAUAAACCGAAACCGCUGACUCCGGAAGAAUUGGUUCAACGAAGAUUAAUCGCACGAAUGAAACACGCGGAAAGAAUUAUGAAUGAAGAAGCGGCGGCGGCGGCGGCGGCGACGACAACGACGACAACGACGACAACGACGACGACGACAACGACGACGGCGCAACAUAACGUGAACAACACCACCGUUCAAAGUGCGCAAGAAGAAAACGUGAAUAGAAGUAUGACGAACGAAGAGGGAGAAGAAAGCUCGGAAACUGCGUUGAUAGCGUUCGCCAGAAUAUAUUCUGGAACACUGAGAAUAGGAAGCACCGUGUACGUUCUAGGACCAAAACACGAUCCCCGGGAAGUAUUGAAACGCCAGAGAGCGGGCGAGCCACCGGUAGAGAACGAAAGCACGACGCUGAAAGAUUUGAAGCCUGGAAGGUAUAUAACUAAAGUGACCAUAGAAAAACUGUACCUUUUAAUGGGCAGAGAAUUAGAACCCACGGAAAAGGUGACUGCUGGUAAUGUAUUUGGAAUCGGCGAGCUCGAGGAACACGUGUUAAAAACAGCUACUCUUUCAAGCACCGUCGCCUGUCCGUCCUUUUCCGAGUUGACAUCGCUCGGUGUCCCUAUAAUGCACGUAGCCCUUGAGCCAAAACAUCCCAACGAUUUGCAACCGCUGAUCAACGGGCUGAAAUUACUGAACCAGGCGGACGCUUGUGCGAUUGUUCGUAUUCAAGAAAGCGGGGAAAUUGUACUGAGCACCGCCGGGGAAGUGCAUUUGGAAAGAUGCUUGGAAGAUUUGAAGUUACGGUAUGCCAAGGUUGACGUAAACGUAUCGGAACCGAUCGUGCCCUUUAGAGAAACGGUGGUGCCUCCCCCGAAAGUCGAUAUGGUGAACGAGGCGAUCGAAGAGAAAAAAAAACUGGAGGACGUUCAUUUCGGCAGUUGGACACCGAAUCGACAGUGUUACUUUGAAAUAGACGCGAGACCUUUGCCGGACAAAGUGACCAAGAUCUUGGAAAAGAACGUGGAUCUGAUAAAAGCGUUCUAUCAUCAUUACGGUAAAUCGGGUUCGGAAAGGGAAGAGGAAAGUAGUGGAAAACCACCUACGAACCACCAGGUUGCGGAAUUCUCGCAUUCGAUGUCCGAGAGAAAAGAAAGGGCGUUGGAAUCGUUCAAAACCGAACUGGCGACUGCGUUCCGAGAAGCGGAUCAAGAGGACAUGUUGGAUAAAAUAUGGUCGUUCGGGCCACGGAAUUGCGGUCCUAAUAUUUUCUUAAACGAAACCGAUUACGAGCAAAGAAAAUUUUGGAAGAGACACACAAAGUCUGCAGAUUUACGUGCUCCAUACGAAAGCAGUAUGGUGAACGGCUUUCAAUUGGCAACGCUUGCCGGACCUUUGUGCGAAGAGCCUAUGAUGGGUGUCUGCUUUGUCUUGAAGAAGUGGGAAAUUUCUCAAGAUUACCAAAGUGAAAACAGCGGGCAAAAUCAAGGACACCUGAGUGGUCAUUUGAUGUCAGCAUGCAAAGAAGCUUGUCGACGUGCGUUUAAUUCUAGACAUCCUCGACUAGUCACACCCAUGUAUAGCUGCAGCGUUCUAGUCAAUUCGGACGUACUGGGAAAACUGUACGCAGCAUUCGGAAAGAGACAAGGCCGUGUGGUCGCCGCGGAAAGUGCUCUCGGAUUUGGUGGGCAAUUUCGCGUGCUCGCCACCUUACCUGUACCAGAGAGUUUUCAACUUGCCAGAGAACUGCGAACGCAAACGUCCGGGCUAGCCAGUCCUCAACUGGUUUUCAGUCAUUGGGAGGUGAUCGAGCAAGACCCUUAUUGGACGCCUUCCACCGACGAGGAAUACCUUCACUUCGGUGACAAAGCAGACAGCGAGAAUAGAGCUAAGAAGUACAUAGAUGCAGUCCGUCGACGCAAAGGUCUGCCAGUGGAUUCUCAACUAGUUACGCAUGCGGAAAAACAACGUACUCUUUCCAAGAACAAGUAAUCCUGGUUGACUAAACGUGAUGUGUUCCAUCUCGACCACACUAACGGUCAAUUUUACGGAACAGCCGACAAAAAAAAAAAAAGGUUGAUCCGAUCAAUUUCUAUCAUUUUCUCUUCUCCUCUUCCUUCA